AUGACGAGGGAGAAGGGCCAGAUGGCGACGGCGAUUGACGUCGACGACGACGUUCACGGCGACCCAGGUAAUUUCAUGGAGGGGGAAGAGUCGCCGCUCCCUGAUUCACCGGUGACGAGGGAGACCAAGAAGACGAAGAAUGGGGUUCUUCUAGAGCUGGGGAGCGGGACUUGGAACCACAAGAAAACUCAGGAUUUCGGUUCAAGUUCCAGAAUUUGUUAAAGCAAACAAAGUGGAAAGUUAACUUUGAAAAGACCGUCGACAGUGCUAUUGUUUGUGGUUACUUUGUCUUAAUUUGCUUUAGUGUCAAAUUUGGUUCUUUGAGUUUGUGAUGGGUGAAAAGAAAAGAAUAUAACCAUUGCCGGCAGUCCUGGGUUUUGCCGGUGGCGAUGGCGACGUGUGCAAGGUAAAAGGCUAUUUCGGAGGUAGAGAAGUGCAAGGAAGAAGACAAGGGUGUUCUGAGGAAAAGGAAGCCUCGGUUUGGCAGAGGUUCGUUAUCUGUGCAGGAAGAAAAAGGAUCAAGAGGAAGAAAAUGGUCUUUGGCCGUUAGUUUGGGAGAGAAGAAGAGACGUUUUUUUAUAGAAAAGACAGCUUGGGGAACAAGCUUGCUACAGUAUUGGUUUUGGGUUAGACAAAUCCAGGCUUGGUCAGGCCUGAUUGGGUAGACUGGCUUGACCAAGUUCACUUUGACUUUUGUAUUUUGACUUGGGUUUUGGACUUGGGCUAACAACUAUGUAAUUUUUAUUUUGAAUUUGUAAAUAUAAUAUAAUGUAAUUAAUUAAUUAUCAUUUAUUGAGUAUUAAUGAAAGUUUUAUUUUUAUUGUAUU